UCUGGCCCGCUGUAUGUGUGUGUGUGUGUGUGUCUGAGAGCUACUGGCUAACGAGCUAGCUACAGCACUGACUGCACUGAAUGUUCCGCUGUGUGUGUAAAGUAACAGCUAAACAUUAUACGAGUGGAAAACAUGAGGCUAUUAGGACGACGAUGCCCCACUAAGAAGAUGAUGGGGAACUGAGCAUUCAUAACCCAGAGAAGAGCAGAUUCUGUGCUUUCUGCUCCCUCCUUCGUCCCCGUCUUCUGCCCCUCACCUCCAUCUGGUCAGCCAGUGUGUGUGUGUGUGUGGACACCGUAACCAUGACGACAGGUGGGUGUUGCCACCUGCCUGGCUCCCUGUGCGACUGUGCCAGCAGCACGGGUCUGUGGAAAAGCGUGGAGGACGUCAGUGGUGAAGGGUGUCAGGCUCUCUACGUCACCCAGGUCACGACCAGCGAUGGACGGCCGCUGUCGUCGGUGCUCAAACCCAUGAGCACACAAAGUGAUGGUCCCAUAUGUCGUAUUUGCCAUGAAGGAGGCAGCAGUGAAUGUCUCCUGUCACCGUGUGACUGCACAGGAACCCUGGGCACCGUGCACAAGAGCUGCUUAGAGAAGUGGCUCUCAUCUUCCAACACAAGCUACUGUGAGCUCUGCCACACACAGUUCAGCAUCGAGCGCUGUCCGCGGCCUCUCACAGAGGUAACAAAGUGGCUGCGGGAUCCUGGUCCUCGUAACGAGAAGAGGACACUGUUCUGUGACAUGGUGUGCUUCUUGUUUAUCACGCCUCUUGCAGCCAUCUCAGGCUGGCUGUGUCUGAGAGGAGCUCAGGACCAUCUUCAGCUGGGGAGCUGGCUGCAGGCCGUGGGCCUCAUCGCCCUCACCAUUGCCCUCUUCACCAUCUACAUUCUCUGGACCUUGGUAUCGUUCCGCUAUCACUGUCAGCUCUACUCUGAGUGGAGACGAAGAAAUCAGAAAGUGCGUCUGCUCAUACCUGAAGCAAAGGAAUCUAACUCUUCCCAGCAUUCUUUGCUCUCCAGUAAACUGACGAAGAAGCCUCCCAGUGAGAGUAUAGUAUGAGACCAAAUGGAGAUGAUGAUCAUGGCUGAUUUUCAAUGCACCAUGGCUGACGGCAAGACUUAAAAAGAAGCACUUGUGGGGUUUUUUGGUUGCUUUUCCCCAUUUUUUUUUUGUACCUAUGUUUUCACAUUAGGUUCCUUUCUUUCUUUCUUUCUUUUUGAAUCUAUCAUUGUGCGGUCGUCGUGAUGGGUCUUUACCAAGCUCAUGCUAAAGCACUGAAGAAGGGAAGAGCACUUGAAAGGUGAGCAGAGACAUGAACACAGUGUUCUCACAGGAUGUGAUGGUAGUUCAUCACAAGGACCAGAGAAAUCAAACACUGUGAACUCUGAGGUCAUCACAGAACAUGACCAUGCUAACAUGCACAAUCAUGCAUGCAACCAUGUUGAUAGUUUUUGUUUGUCUCUUAGCUUAUUGUAAUAUGCUUGUGAAGAGUGAACAGAUUUACUAUUCCUACUGAAGUUGGAUUUAAAAGUGUCCUCACAGAGGUUCUUGUAUUAUCAGCACUUAACAAGUAAGUCUUUAUAUUUAAUAGACUGAUUUAAAAAAAAACAAAUCAAAAUGUCAAGCAUUAUUUAGUGGCUGGUGCAGCUCACUAAAAUAUAAUUUCAGAUGGUGUGUUAAAGUGUUACGUCUUUCUUACGUAACGACACAUAUUUCAAUCGGGGACAAGUGAUCGUUAAGCAUCAUGUAUGAAAAGGGUUUUUUGAUUCCUUCUGUCAGUCUAAGGCUUUGCUCAGACUGUGAAGUAAUUUUACUUUGUUUUUGAAAGUCACGACAGUAAAAGAAAAAACAUGAAAUCAAAUUAGAUUUCUACAGGUGCAUCUCACUGACCGCUGGCUGCACAAAAAUGAUAUGCAUUAAGUAAAUAUCUCUUCACAAAGGUGGGUACACCACCUACGUCUUAAAAAAAGGGCUGAAUUAUUAUGGUUACGAGGUUAAUGAUAUGAAUACUGUGCAUAUUACAUUUUCAAUAGCAGCUUAGGUGAUUUGCUAAUUGAACUUUUUUCAUAUUGUGAAUUUGAUUUCAAAAUAAUAAAGUCGUUUUUGCCUGAAAUGACCUAAUUUGUCAUUUGGCUGCAGUCUGACCACGGCUAAAUCUAAAGUAACAAUGACACUCGCAAGUGAUACAAUAUGCAAACACCACUUAGGCCAAAUCUGACUCUGUUUAUGUAUUAUUAUUAUUAUUAUUACAAUAUUAUUUUUUUGUAUUAUCUUUUGGAGGAGGCCACUAGAGACUCCAUGCUCUUCUUCUUGGUCCAUUUGAUGGAUGUCAUUUUUGUUUUUUGUAAAUGUUACCUCAGUAUGUUGUCACUGAGCAGAAUCAGCUUGUUGUGUUGUUGGACAGUGUCUCUCUCUCUCACGCUUGUAUCUUGUAAAUAUCCGGUUUGCAGUUUAAAAUCACAAACCAGAACUAAUCCUGGUUUCCAGUUUCCACGUCAUAAGGUGAUCCUCUUUUAAACCUGCUUUUAUUUUUUUAAUUCCGUCUAAUUUGGGUGACGAGGAGCCGGUUAAUUACUUAAUUAAUUAAUGUUUAUCUUCAACAACAUGUGUAGCACUAAGAACAAUGUUGAAACAAAUCAACUGAGGCCACAGACUCCAUACACACCGGCUUUUUACUGGAAAUGCAGGUGUAAAAACCUCAAACUCAGUAUUAUUGUGUAUAUAUAUCUUAUACAUUUUUUGUUUGCUGUGCAAUAUCUUCGCUGUUGUAAACACAUGACACAAGAGCAACAAAGCAAGCUUUAAUCUGACGAUUUAAACAAAUCAAUCCUCUUGCUACAAACUAUUUAAAAUAUACAUUUUUAUUUACAUUAUUUUCUCUCCAGCACAGACAUUUAUAGCUUUGCCACUUUUAUCUUUGAUGACUUUGGUCAUGAUGAAGACUGUAGUCCAGUCGUCCAUAUAUUUGUAUUUGCUUAAUACUUACUUAAACUAUCAGACAUUGAACAAUUGGCGUUUGGUGCUGUGGUGAGAGGGCACUUUAGAGAUUUCAUUAACAAUAUAAAUCGUGAUGUAUUUACCCUCAAUGUCGGCAUCACAAAGGUUCAGUAUGUAUCAUUUUGUGUUUUGCACAUACGGAGACGCAACACACAAUUGAAAUGCUUUAACUCAGACAGGUUUCUGUUUACGGAAUGUUUGUUGUUUUCUGUCGAUAAAGAAUUAACUUGUGGUUUUAAUCAAUUAACACACAAUUAACUGGUUUCUUCAAAGGGUUAUCAUUAGUUAUCUGACUUUUCAUCACAAUGAUAAUUGAUAAUGACUGAUAUGGAAGACAUUCUGUCCAGCCCUAGUUUCCUCCUGCACUGUGUUGACGGUCACGUACAGAUGAGACAAACUUGUUGCUUCCAUUUCAUGGAAAAAAACAGGAGCUCACGAUAUUUCUCUGAAAUAACUGAAAACUGAUCAAAGCAAAGUCAGAUUUGUGUCUAACACAAAUGCAAUGUAUACAUGCUGCAAUGUUACCAACACAUUUAUCCACAUCUGUGCUCGCCUUGUGAUUUUAAAAUGACAGUAGAGGCUCAAUGGCUCAUUGUUGAGCAGCAGCAGCAGCAGCA